AUGUCUACUAUUGACGUUCAAACAUGUACAAACAUUCUUCCACCUUUUCAAUUAAUCAAAAAUAUUGAACUUGGAUACAAUGAUGGAUACGUGUUUGAUGUCACAGCAAACAGUCAAUAUGCAAUCACGUCUGCUUCUGAUAAUUUUAUUCGACUCUAUGACCUUGCUACUUUACAAUUAGCUCAUACAAUACGAUCCCAUGAUUGCAAAAUAUCUCAAAUGAAGUUAAAGAGUGAUCAGUAUCUUUUUACUGUAAGCGAGGAUUCCACUCUCAAACGUUGGGAUUUGCGUACUAGCAGUGGACCAGUGCAAUGUUUCAAAUAUAAAAAGCCUUUGACUGCAUUUGAUAUUAAUUGCAAUGACACUAUGGCCAUUGCAGGCACUGAGCUCUCAUUUGACGAUCAUUCAGUUGAUUUAGCAUUUUUUGAUACUCGACACACUUCUUUAUUGCACACCUUUACUGAAUCACAUAAUGAUGAUAUCACAGAGAUCAGAUCACAUCCAACUUUACCCGCUCAAUUUUUAUCUUGUUCAACAGAUGGAUUGAUCAAUAACUAUGACGUUACAGAUUUCGACGAAGAAGAAGCAUUGGUCUCUGUAGUCAAUUCUGGAUCUUCUGUAAGCAAAACUGGGUACUUUGGACCUGAAGCAGAAUAUCUGUACUGUAUGACACACAUUGAAACAUUUUCACUACAUACGCUUGAAGGUGACUUAAUAUGUGAUUACGGAGACAUUCGAAAUAUCGGAUUAACCAAGGUUGACUAUGCUAUCGAUUGCAGUUAUGAUCCUAUCUCUAGGCGAUUCUAUUUAAUAACUGGAAGCAUCGAGGGCAUUGUUGACUUUUUCCAUGUUAAUCUGGGACAGCUGCAGCACUGUCAACAGCUUAAUGCAGGCAAUUAUGGGCACUCAGACAUUGUCCGCUCACUCUUUUGGAAUCACUCGACACAGAGCAUACUAACAGGAGGAGAGGAUGGUCGAUUGUGUGCCUGGCAAGGUCAAUUAUAAAAAAUGAAUAAAUAUGUAUAGAGAAAAAGAAGCUGUUUAUGGUUCUACAUUUCUUUCUUUAUUCAGGCAAGGGCAUUAUUUAUAAUAGUGUGGUAUGUGCCAUCUGAUUGCUUUUCAAUACGAACAUUACUCAGAUAAUCAACAAUAAUCGUUGCACCAGCAUCUUUCA